AUGUCCGACAUCCGCUGUCUUUCCAGCUCUCCCCUUACUGCGCUGGAUCCAGCAGCUCGUCUCUUGAAGCAGCCAGAGCACCGACGGGCCCUCCCCGUGACAUCUAACCACCUUCCAGUACUCGCUGCCCUCGGCUGCCCGUUAGCAGCAUCCUGGUACUACCUCCGGCUACCCGGUCAGCUGGGCUCCAUCUGGCUCCGCAGAGAACGGCUGUUGUCACAUCUGGGAGGCAGUGCUGCCCCCCUGGACGUAGCCAGGAGCCUCCCCGGGGUUACGGCAGGAGUUGCUGUGUCCCCUCCUACGAGCCUCCACUCAGAGGCAGCUCCCAGCACAGCAGCCGAGGGAACCACGUUCCCGGAGAAGCUGGACGCUGUCACCCUGUUGCUCAAGACCCUCCGUGUCUUCCUGUUCCGAGUGAAAGCGAGAGCAGGAGGCCUGGAGACCCUCCGUGACCCUCCCCGCCCGCCCCACUUACUGCUUCGAUCUCACUGCCUGCUUGUUGGCUCUGCUCCAGCAGCAGUGGCCUGUUUCUCCCGAAUCGCUGACUGUGCACUGACACCUCCAGGUCCUCACACUGGGUGCUCCUGCCUGCGAAGCUCGUCCGUCAGCUGGAGCUUGCUCGUCAGCCUCAUAAUCUUUAAGUCUUUGUUCAACGUGUUUUCUUUUUUCAGGGAGGCUUUCCUGACAACCCUACUUAGAAUUGCACUCUUCCAGCACUUUCUAGCCCCCUUCCCGGUUUUAUUUCUCUUCGUAGCACUUACCACUGUGUAAUCCUGUAGUUCUGUGCUCAUGGUUUGACUCCUUCCUUUAGAAUACAAACUCCAUGAGGCCAAGG